GGGCGUCCGCGGCCCUCGGCGGCCUUGGCGUGACUGCCGCCCGCCCGUCCGCGCGCCCCGCUCCUCCUGGGCCCGCCGCCCAGGCCGCUGCCGGGGCCCGAAGAUGCCGGCCGUGUCCAAGGGGGACGGGAUGCGGGGCCUGGCGGUCUUCAUCUCGGACAUCCGCAACUGCAAAAGUAAAGAAGCAGAAAUAAAGAGGAUAAACAAGGAGCUGGCAAAUAUUAGAUCAAAAUUUAAAGGUGACAAGGCUCUUGAUGGCUACAGUAAAAAAAAAUAUGUCUGCAAAUUGCUCUUCAUCUUUCUCCUUGGUCACGACAUUGACUUUGGACACAUGGAGGCUGUGAACCUGUUGAGUUCAAAUAGAUACACCGAAAAGCAGAUUGGCUACCUUUUCAUCUCCGUGUUGGUGAACUCCAACAGUGAGCUGAUCCGCUUGAUAAACAACGCCAUCAAGAAUGACCUGGCCAGCCGUAACCCAACGUUCAUGGGCCUGGCUCUGCACUGCAUCGCUAACGUGGGCAGCCGUGAGAUGGCUGAGGCCUUUGCCGGGGAAAUCCCCAAGAUCCUCGUGGCAGGAGACACCAUGGACAGCGUGAAGCAGAGUGCAGCCCUGUGUCUAUUGCGCCUGUACAGAACGUCUCCUGACCUUGUCCCCAUGGGUGACUGGACGUCCCGUGUUGUGCAUCUCCUCAACGACCAGCAUUUGGGUGUGGUGACUGCUGCUACGAGCCUCAUCAGCACACUGGCCCAGAAGAACCCAGAGGAAUUCAAGACCUCAGUCUCCCUGGCCGUCUCCAGGCUGAGCAGAAUUGUGACGUCGGCCUCAACAGAUCUUCAGGAUUACACCUACUAUUUUGUCCCGGCGCCCUGGCUGUCGGUCAAGCUCCUAAGGCUGCUGCAGUGCUACCCACCCCCAGAAGACCCUGCAGUGCGAGGCCGCUUGACCGAGUGCCUGGAGACCAUCCUGAACAAAGCCCAGGAGCCGCCCAAGUCAAAGAAAGUACAGCAUUCCAACGCCAAGAAUGCGGUGCUGUUCGAGGCUAUCAGCCUGAUUAUCCACCAUGACAGUGAACCAAACCUGCUCGUGCGCGCCUGCAACCAGCUGGGCCAGUUCCUGCAGCACCGGGAGACCAAUCUGCGCUACCUGGCUCUGGAGAGCAUGUGCACGCUGGCCAGCUCCGAGUUCUCCCAUGAGGCUGUCAAGACCCACAUUGAGACUGUCAUCAACGCCCUCAAGACAGAGCGGGACGUGAGUGUGCGGCAGCGAGCGGUGGACCUGCUCUACGCCAUGUGUGACCGCAGCAAUGCCCAGCAGAUUGUGGCCGAGAUGCUAAGCUACCUGGAGACAGCCGACUACUCCAUCCGAGAGGAGAUUGUGCUGAAGGUGGCCAUCCUGGCUGAGAAGUAUGCAGUGGACUACACCUGGUACGUGGACACCAUCCUCAACCUGAUCCGCAUCGCAGGAGACUACGUGAGCGAGGAGGUCUGGUACCGAGUCAUUCAGAUUGUCAUCAACCGGGACGACGUACAGGGCUAUGCUGCCAAGACGGUGUUCGAGGCUCUGCAGGCUCCAGCAUGCCACGAGAAUCUGGUCAAAGUAGGCGGCUACAUCCUGGGGGAGUUUGGAAACUUGAUAGCUGGGGAUCCUCGAUCCAGCCCCUUGAUCCAGUUCGACCUGCUGCACUCCAAGUUCCACCUGUGCAGUGUCCCCACCCGGGCGCUACUCUUGUCUACCUACAUCAAGUUCGUGAACCUCUUUCCGGAGGUAAAGACCACCAUCCAGGACGUGCUGCGCAGCGACAGCCAGCUGAAGAAUGCGGAUGUGGAGCUGCAACAGCGAGCUGUGGAGUACCUGCGCCUCAGUACUGUUGCCAGCACUGACAUCCUGGCAACUGUCCUGGAGGAGAUGCCGCCCUUCCCAGAGCGUGAGUCCUCCAUCCUGGCCAAGCUCAAGAAGAAGAAGGGCCCAAGCACGGUGACCGACCUGGAGGAGACCAAGCGGGAACGGAGUGCGGAUGUGAAUGGGGGCCCCGAGCCCGCCCCAGCCAGCACCAGCGCCGCGUCCACGCCUUCUCCGUCGGCAGACCUCCUGGGCCUGGGGGCCACCCCCCCUGCCCCUGCGGCGCCACCGCCCUCCUCUGGCGGGCUGCUGGUGGAUGUGUUCUCAGACUCGGCUUCCUCGGUGGCACCUCUUGCUCCCGGCUCUGAAGACAACUUUGCCAGGUUUGUUUGUAAAAAUAAUGGUGUGUUGUUUGAAAACCAGCUGCUUCAAAUUGGACUUAAGUCUGAAUUUCGGCAGAAUUUAGGCCGGAUGUUCAUAUUUUAUGGUAACAAGACUUCCACGCAGUUCUUGAACUUCACUCCAACUCUCAUCUGUGCAGAUGACCUGCAGUCUAAUCUGAACCUGCAGACCAAGCCUGUGGACCCGACUGUAGAUGGAGGCGCACAGGUGCAGCAGGUGGUUAACAUAGAGUGCGUGUCUGACUUCACAGAGGCACCUGUCCUCAACAUUCAGUUCAGUCUUUCUGUGGGGAGAUAUCCCACCCUGACCACAGACACUGGUGCUCUGGAGGCAGAUGAGAGGCAAGGGUAUGGUGGCACCUUCCAGAAUGUGUCUGUCAAGCUACCCAUCACGCUCAACAAAUUUUUCCAGCCCACAGAAAUGGCUUCUCAGGAUUUCUUUCAACGUUGGAAGCAGUUGAGCAACCCACAACAAGAGGUGCAGAACAUUUUCAAAGCAAAGCAUCCGAUGGACACAGAAAUCACGAAAGCAAAGAUCAUUGGAUUUGGUUCUGCACUCCUCGAGGAAGUCGAUCCCAAUCCUGCGAAUUUUGUGGGUGCUGGCAUCAUACAUACCAGAACCACCCAGAUUGGGUGCCUGCUGCGCUUGGAGCCCAAUCUGCAAGCCCAGAUGUACCGGCUCACGCUGCGCACCAGCAAAGACACCGUCUCACAGAGGCUGUGUGAGCUGCUGUCAGAGCAGUUUUAAUCCACGGGCAGAAGGUCUGGCUCGUAUCUGUGCGUCUCUCCUCGUCUCUGCCAUUUGUCUUCGUCACCAUAUGCAAACAAAACCCCAUGUCUGAACAUCACAGCACAGGGUGCCUCCAGGCCCGGCCCCUGGUCAUCGCGGGACAGCGGGCACUGUUGGAGGAGGACUGCAAUGGGCCUGCCCCAGCAGGAGGGCCUCGGGCCCUGGGAAUCAAGACAGCCCUGUGGUUCAGCCUACAAAUUAAAGGGAAAUAAGAAGUUUGAGUGGAAGUGGGGAUUGUGUUGAGGUUUUGUCUGAGUGCCGCUGUUCUGUUGCAGACCCUUCUCAGAUUUUGGAGCAGCAGCACUGCUGUGCUUACAGGCCUACCCUGGGACUACCUGGCAGUGCUGGCGUGACCCACUCUGCGAGAGGAGUGUGGCUAACCCUGCAGGCUGGGCAGUGUUUGCUCGGGGCUUGCUGAGGCACUGCCAGACGAUUCCUGGGCGGGGUUGUAAUUCAGGAGCUGGAAGCGUCUGUUUUGAUGACUAUUGGCCAAACCAGGCACCUGCUCUCCUCAGCCAGCCCUGUCCACAGCACCGGUGUUCUUGAAGGGACUUCUGUGAUGUGUUCUGUCUGACACCUUAGAUUUGCACUUGGUGGGUGGAGGGAUCCUGAUGGCUCUGCAGGGUGUGACCAUGGCUCAUCUUGUAAGACUCUGCAGGGUGUGCCUGUCCUUCCUGCUGGUGGCCUUCACCUGUCAAGUGCGCAUUCCUAGGGCCUCAGUUGAGGCCGAGCGCUAUAGACUGCACCUGUCCAGUCCUUGCUGGAUGUGGGGGUGGAGGAGAUUAAACUGGGGAGGACAAGGGCCCUGGAUGUUGCUGUGCUGAGGGCGCGCCAGGUCUGCUGGCCACAUGUCCCCAGCCCUCACAGGUGUCCCUGCACAUGCUUGCAAGGUAGGAUGUGGAUGGGGCAGAGAGGCCUGGGGAGCCCAGGCAGGUGUGCCCUGCGAUGGCUCCUAGGGUCAGCACACAGGGGACAGGCAGGUUUGUCUGAGCACACUUGAGCCCAUAGCACCUGAGGAGACACAGGUAAGGCAGGACCCACUGUCACUCCCUUGAUGUCCAGACACUGGACGUGGCAGUGGCCCUUUGCCUCAGUUUCUGGCCAUCAUCCUGCCAUCCUGGGUCUUAGGGACAGCUGCAGGGUGGCCUUCAGAGUACCAGCUCCUCCUGUGCUGGUCUUGGUGUGUGUGCGCCCCAAAGCUCCUGGUCUGCCCGAGAUAUGCCCCGGCCUCAGAUGGGCUUUGCUGCAGGCGAUGGCCUGGCUGGCCAGGGCGAGCCUCUGCAUCCUCUUAUUCCAGCUGCUGGACAGAGUGACUGUCCUUGAUGUGCAGUCCACACACUGCAUGUGGACAGCAGGGCCCAUGACCAUGGCUCCUGUGCAUGGGCAGCCAGGUAGUGGUCUCUGGGCAACAAGUCUCCCUGGCAUAGGAAGGGCUACUGAGGCACAGGCCUGCCCUCUGUGCUGUCCCAGGGGUGUCCAUCUGUGCAUUGUGCUCCUUUUCAAAGAAAAAUAAAUGCUAGUACAGUUG